AUGACAAUAAUAACAGAUAAAUUGCAAAUUUCGCCACUUAUCACAAGUCACAUAAAAUACAAACAUCAUCUGCUAGCAGUGCCAGCAUACAGCAGCGAUAUAGUAUUGACAUUAAAAGACGUAAGAGUGAUAGUACCGACUGCUGUGAGGCGUGGUGAAAAUGUAAAUUUAAUGUGUCUAUAUGAUUUGGAAGGCGAUACACUAUACUCAUUAAAAUGGUAUAAAGGAAAGAGGGAAUUUUAUCGGUUUACACCGAAAAAGGAGCCAUCACUACAGACAUUUCCCGUUCCAGGGAUUUAUGUUGAACCUGCACCAUCAAAUAGUAGCUACAUAAUAUUGAAAUCAGUGGAGCCGUCGAUAUCUGGCAAAUACAUAUGUGAAAUAUCAGCCGAUGCUCCAUCAUUUCAUACAGAAAUAGUCUCUAGCGAGAUGGAAGUUGUUGACGUGCCUCAAAGUAAACCGAUUAUCACAGAAAUUAAAUCACAUUACAGAAUAGGUGAACUGAUAAGAGGCAAUUGUUCGAGUCAAUACUCGAAACCAGCUGCGAAUUUAACAUGGCUGAUAAACGAUAUGCCGAUGGCAUUAUCGAUAAGACAAUAUCCACUAUUGAAAGAUGAAUCUGGAAAUUUAGUAUCAAAUACAAUAGGAUUGUUCUUGCGACUCACACAGCAGCACUUUUCAAAUGGACGUUUGAAGAUAUCGUGUAUAGCUAGUAUAUAUAAUUUAUAUAAGGAGCGUGCUGAAAAAUUCAUUGAUAUUGAUCAACCAACUGUUUUCUCAGCAUCAGCAUCACAAUCAUUUAUUGAUCUUCCAUCAUCACAUUAUUCAUCAUAUCAUGAUACAUAUGAUUCAGCAAGCAAUCAUAAUGAUGCACAAAUCCAAGCAGACAUGUCAAGCAGUGCAUCAACUUUUGUGAACAACAAUCGACAACAGCAACAAUUUAUUAUGAAAACUUUUUCCAUUCUCAUCUGUAACUUUAUUGUGCUUCAGAUAAUGUUGAAAAAUGUAGCAAUUUAGUUUAAUGUAAUUCAUGAACGGACGGGAAGG